AUGCCUCCCAAGAAGCAACAGACCAAGGCUGAAAAGCAAAAAAAGCAAAAGGCCGUCGAAGACAAGACCUUUGGUAUGAAAAAUAAAAAUAAAUCAGCCAAGGUCCAGCGUUAUAUUCAGCAAGUUCAGAAUCAAGCUAAAGGCGCUGACCAACGAGUGGGGGACAAAAAAGAACUCGAGAAACAAAAGCGUGAUGAGUUUGCAGAGCUGUUUAAACCAGUUCAAGUGCCUCAAAAGGUACCAUUCGGAACUGAUCCCAAGACAGUACUCUGUAUUUACUUUAAAGGAGGACACUGUGAAAAAGGUUCCAAGUGUAAAUUUUCUCACGAUUUGAAUGUGGGUCGUAAGGUUGAAAAGAAGGACUUGUAUACGGAUGACAGAGCCGAGGCCACUUAUAUGUUAUCAAUAGAUACAAUGGAUAAAUGGGACCAACAGAAAUUGGAAGAAGUAGUAAAGAGUAAAUCCGGAAAGCAACCACCUACAGAUAUUGUAUGCAAAUACUUUUUGGAGGCUAUCGAGACAAAUAAAUACGGUUGGUUCUGGGAAUGUCCUAAUGGUGGUAGCACUUGUAAAUACAGGCACGCUCUUCCACCUGGUUUUAUUCUCAAGUCAAAGCAAUCUAAAGAAGAUGACAAGGAGGAGAUUUCUCUUGAAGAAUUUUUAGAAAUCGAGCGCCAUAAACUUGGACCCAACUUGACACCUGUCACACUCGAAAGCUUUGAACAAUGGAAGAAGAACAGAAUAGAAAAGAAGGAAGCCGAGGAAAGUGCUGCUCGUAAGCAAAAGGAAACUCGUAUGAAAGCAGGUCGAUCACAGGGUAUGUCUGGUAGAGAUCUAUUCGACUUUAAUCCUACUCUUGCCCAAGCCUAUGACGAUGAAGAGGAUGCUAUUGACUUUUCACAAUAUGAUCGUGAAGAGACUGAACGAGAGCGUGAACGUCUGGAGAAUGAACAAUACUUGACUCAAAAGACAAGAGAUCUGACUUUGCAGGAUGGUAAUUCUCCCAGUCAGAGUGAUGAACAAGUAGAAGAGUAAAUAAAAUUGUAAUUUAGAUCCAUAUUUACUGCUUGUACUAUUGUAUUUGUUAUUUGUGUGUGUGUACCUUAUUAAAGUUUUAUGCCAGUCAGCUCGAAAUACACCAAUAGAAGCGCGAUUGAAAUUUGUGUAUAAAAUACGUAUAUUCCUUUUUUUUUUCUUUUUUU